UUUGAUUGUGAAGCCUUCGUACGAGAUAUCAAACUUACAAGCUUCAUGAUCUUUAAGAUGCACGGGCUAAACUCCUCUAGCACGUUGACCAUUACUCCUUCGAAACUUGUGUAAUAGGACAAUGUCUUCAUCAACCGGUAAUGGGUGGGCCCAACUCCGCCAACAGGCUCGAUCGCUUGAGACUCAGACCGAGUCGUUAUUCCAUACCUAUGCCCAGUACGCUUCCGCGGCUCAAAUCCCCGCUCAGCCUUCGGAAGAGGAACAACGUAUUGAAGUUCAAUUGAAAGAUCUCCUUGAGCGUCGUGAAUAUCUCAUCUCUCAACUGGCCCGACUUUUGGAUUCGGAAUCUGGCCUAACCGCUUCCGCCUUGAAACAAAAUAAUCUUUCCCGACACCGAGCAGUUCUUCAAGAGCAUCAACAUGAACUUAGACGCCUGCACAAUGCUAUCUCUGAAACUCGCGAUCGUGUGAACUUGCUUUCUAAUAUUCGCUCAGAUAUUAGCGCAUACCGCGCGUCAAAUCCACCAAUUGCGGAAGCUGAUUAUAUGUUGGAAGAACGGGCACAUCUGGAUAAUAGCCACAAUAUGAUGGACAGUGUCCUUAGUCAGGCAUAUGCUGUUAACAAUAAUUUCGUCUUGCAGAGGGAAACCUUGGCGAGCAUAAACCGUAGAAUAAUCGGUGCUGCGAGUCAAGUCCCUGGAGUGAAUUCGCUGAUAAACCAAAUCGGAGCCAAAAGAAGGAGAGAUGGGCUCCUUCUUGGUAUCUUUAUAGGUAUCUGUUUUCUAAUGUUGUUGUAUUUUCGUUGAUACUGCUAUUCUUCGUUGACCGUCGAGUAUCGAUCGACCAAUUGAUCAAGAGAAGAAUAAGCGGAUUUCAGCACUGAAUUAGGAGCAGGAUUUCACUCAGGAAACACUCGUACAAAUGCUAUAGUCGUAUAUAUGUACAUACGAUGAUCAAUAGCCUUGCUUAUUUGGGACGCUAAUGGACACGACGUACGGUGUACCGUCCGGAGAGACUUCUCAUGAUCGGCCCCACGAUGUGUCUCGUACAUUUUUGGUUGCUGUUGGAGUGAUUGACCACAGUGCAGAUCUAGGCUUCAAAUUCAUUGACCUAUGCUCAUGUUC